AUGACAAGUGGUAGCAAUCCCCCAACACAUUUUGGAUCAAAAACCACUGUUUAUGUGGUAGCAUGCUGGAUUUUUGCAGCCAUGGGAGGCCUAAUGUUUGGCUAUGAUAUUGGAAUUUCAGGUGGUGUGACAUCCAUGGAUGACUUCUUGAUCAAAUUCUUCCCGGCUGUUUAUCAGAAGAAACUUCAUGCCAAGGAAAACAAUUACUGCAAAUAUGAUGAUCAAUACCUUCAGCUUUUCACAUCUUCCUUGUACCUUGCUGCUCUAGUUGCAAGCUUUGGUGCAUCAAAGGCAUGUUCACUAUGGGGUAGGCGACCCACGAUUAUAAUGGCAUCAGCCUUUUUCAUGGUGGGAGCAGCCAUAAGCGCUUUGGCAACGCAUAAAUGGAUGCUUAUUGUUGGGAGGAUUCUUUUUGGCAUUGGAGUUGGAUUCGGAAAUGAGUCAGUUCCUCUGUUCUUAUCAGAGAUUGCACCAGUUCAUCGUCGUGGGGCUGUCAACAUUCUCUUCCAACUAUUGAUAACAAUAGGAAUUCUGAUUGCUAGUCUUGUCAACUAUGGCACAUCAACAAUGCAUCCACAUGGAUGGAGGGUGUCAUUAGGUUUAGCAGGCGUUCCGGCUAUCUUCCUAUUUUUCGGUUGCAUGUUCCUCACUGAGACACCAACAAGCCUAAUGGAACGUGGCAAAGAAACAGAAGGGAGAGAAGCUCUAAGGAAAAUCAGGGGUGUUGCUGAUGUAGAAGCUGAAUAUGAACAGAUUAAAAUGGCUUGUGAGAUAGCGCGAGAAGUCAAACAUCCGUUCCAGAAGCUCAUGAAGAGCUCAAGCAUGCCCCCAUUGAUAAUUGCCAUUUUGAUGCAAGUGUUUCAGCAGUUCACAGGGAUUAAUGCCAUAAUGUUCUAUGCACCUGUGCUGUUUCAGACAGUCGGUUUCAAGAGCGAUGCUUCGUUGUUGUCUGCUGUGAUCACUGGAACUGUGAAUGUGGGAAGCACUUUCGUCUCAAUUUUCUCUGUUGAUCGGUUAGGGAGGAGGAAAUUGCUUCUUCAAGCUUGUGUUCAGAUGAUAAUCUGCCAGCUGGCAAUUGGAGGCAUUCUUCUUGUUAACUUGAAAGCCACAGGUACACUUGACAGAGGACUUGCGGCGUUGGUGGUGGUGCUGGUAUGUCUAUUUGUUAUGAGUUUUGCAUGGUCAUGGGGUCCUCUGGGCUGGUUGAUACCAAGCGAAACGUUUCCUCUGGAGACAAGAACUGCAGGCUUUGCAUUUGCAGUUAGCUCCAACAUGUUUUUCACCUUUGUCAUAGCUCAAGCAUUCUUAUCAAUGCUAUGCAACCUUCGUGCUUAUAUCUUCUUCUUCUUCUCUGCCUGGAUAUUGGUCAUGGGGUUGUUUGUGGUGUUCCUCUUGCCAGAGACAAAGGGUGUGCCAAUUGAUGUCAUGAAUGAGAGGGUCUGGAAAAAACAUCCAGUCUGGAAGAAGUUCAUGGAUGAAGGGCCAUCUAAUAUUGAGAUGAUCUAA